GUGGAAUGUUUUUAACAGCAAUUUUUUUUUCUCCGAAAGGGGAUACGGCCUCAAAGUAUGUAUCUGGCUGAAAAGGGAAAAUUCAUUUAUCUGGCAACAUAACUACAAAGUUUUAAAACAGAAACUCCCAAACACGGAGUUGUGAGUUGUACAUAGUGAUCGAUUUAGCAUGUAAACUGGGUUUGACGUGCAUUUUAUUUACAAUGGAAGAUCCAGGCCUUAAACUAGAAAAGGAAUCUAACAGUUUGAAUCUGCUGAAAGAUAAGGCUGCUAAGUGUAGUUCCCUCAGCAAAGAAAUGAGUACCAUUCUCACUUCAUUUGAUGAGCAUUUAAUGAAACUUGAACAGACUAUUCUGCCUGUAUAUUUAGAAACUGGGAAUUUGCAACGUAGACAAGAAAAUAUUGAUAAAAUAUUAGAUAGACUGGAUUAUGUUAUACAGUAUUAUAAAAUUCCUAAAGAAGUGGAAACAUCAAUUCGUGUAGGGCCAAGUGGUUCUUUGCAGUCGUAUUUAGAUUGUUUAAAAAAAGUGCAAUCUUCCAUAGCGUUUUUUGAAGGCAUUAAUCGAGAUUGUUCAGAACUGGAAGAACUGACAUCACUUUUUGAUGAAGGUGCAGGGGCUUUGAAAUCUGAAUUUCGCAACCUUUUGUAUCGUCAUAGUAAACCGGUGCAACUGUAA